AUGGCCCAGUCCCCUGGUCUCUGCACCCUCGACCACUGGAUCUUACCCCAGGGCUGGGGCUGGGCCGGACAAUCGGACUCCACGUCCCCGGCCUCCUCCUCGGAUUCGUCGGGCUCGUGCCCCUGCGACAGCGUCCGCGGCCCCUCGCAGGCCGCACCUCCGGUCCGCGGCGCUCCCGCGCCAGAGGCCGCCCAGACGGCGCCGGGACGCUCGCGGUCGGGACCAGCUGUCGGGCAGCGGCAGAGCGCCAGCGAGCGCGAGAAGCUGCGCAUGCGCACGCUCGCCCGCGCCCUGCACGAGCUGCGCCGCUUCCUGCCGCCGUCCGUGGCGCCCGCCGGCCAGAGCCUGACCAAGAUCGAGACGCUGCGCCUGGCCAUCCGCUACAUCGGCCACCUGUCGGCCGUGCUGGGCCUCAGCGAGGAGAGCCUGCGGCGCCGGCGCCACAGCGACGCGGCGCUCCCUCGGGGCUGCCCGCUCUGCCCCGACGGCGGCCCUGCACAGGCGCCCCGGCCGGAUCUGGGCUCCGCUGCCCCCGUCGUCGGGUCUUGGGGGUCUCCCCCCGUCUGUCCCGGAGCCCCAGCGGUGCCCGAACACUUGAGAAGCAGGGUCCCCGACGUGGGUCCCUGGGUCUCACCCCCUUACUGCCCCGGGUUGCAGUCGCUUCCUCAAGAGUCCCAAGGAAAUGUCCCCGACGCUGCCCUUUGGACGUCGACCCCCGUGGGUUCCGGAACGCAGACACCCCCAGAGCCGGGGACCCAGGCCACGUCCUGGGCGCCGUCCCCUGCUGACCCGGAGCCUUCCGCUGCAAUGUACCAGGGUGUUCCUGUGUCUCCGGAGCCCUAUCUGUUGCCAGAAACCCCGUCCCUCCUGCCGGGCCCAGCAUGCCAGGGACUCCAGCCUCAGGCCCAGUGGGGAUGCUGGAGCCACAGUGCAGAGGUGCUGCCCAGCUCUGAGGACCGGGGACCAGGCCCCGCCUUCCAGUUCAGCGAUGAAACCCCUCUCCAGAGCUCAGGCCCGCAGUUCAGUGGCUGCCCUGAACUUUGGCAAGAAGAUUUGGAGGGGGGCCACCUGAGCAUCUUCUACUAAGGGCCUUGCCUGUCCCCUUCUCAGUGAGGAAUCAGGCCUGUAGUGUGGGUGCCCUCAUCAUUUGGGACAUCAGUGAUUUUCAGGCUUCCCCGUAGCUAAGGGCCCCUUUCCCAAGAGAUGUCUUUCAUGCAGGCAGUGUUCGAAACUGGCAGUUGGAGGCAUCCCUGGCUGGAGUUGGGGCUGGCAGGCCCCCCCACUCCUGGACCCCCUCCAGAACAGCCAGUGUGCUCUGAAGAGCCAAGUUGGCAGCUGGGACUAAUGGGGGGAUGAGUUGGGGGAGUAGGGGAA